UUUCGCCACUGUUUGACACGCACGCAAGCGCGCAAGCCGGAAUUUCGUUGAAAUCAGUUUGAAUUCGUAUUUUGUUUUGUGUCUUUUGCCGCUUGCAAUGUCAUUCGAUAAUUGGCGCCUCCUUGCGCUUUUUGCUUGCGUUGUGCUGCCUCAGCUCUGUCUCGGUGCAGUUUUCGCUUAUGAUGUCGAUCGCAAUAAUAGUUUGAAUGAAGUUGUUGAACGACCUACAGGUUGGUUGCAAGCCGCGCAGGAUAUGAUCGCCAGUCCUGCUGGGCAUGUGGUGACGCAAGUGGCCAAGGAGUUAAUUAAUCGUUCGACGGGCAAUAGUCAAGUACUCAGUCUGAAUCUCACAAAUCUACUAAUAAUUAUUCUACUUAAAAUAUUAAUAUUUGCCGCUGGUAUGUUGGGUGCUGGGCAUUGGAGUGGAUAUGGAUAUGGUUAUGGGCAUGCAAGAAGUGCAGCAGACCUUAAUUUCGGCUUAAGUGAAGGCGAAGAUUACCUUAUCACCGGCUUCUUAGCAGCACAAGGUAUUGGUUUAGAUGAUUGUCUACAUGCAGCGGCAUGCGCUAGCCCAAAUGUAGCCUAUGAAUAUGCGAAGGCAGCGAAGGCGCUUAUUGAGGGCAUCGAAAAGUAUGAGGGCAAUACCUUUAAUAAUCCACGCUACAAUGAUCUUAUCGUGCUGUUGGAGAAGGCGGCUUACGAUGGUUAUCGUGGCUUACCCUGUAACAGAUCAUCAAAAUGCGAUGGCAUUGUAUGAGUGAAAAUAUCGCAUGACUUUUAUAGCACAUGAUAUCGCUUCACAUCACAUCACCUCAAAUCAUAUCACAUCACGUCACAUCACCUGAUAUUUACCAUUACAUUAAAUAUGGAAAACAUUCUUUAAA